ACAAUGCGAGAUUUAUUGAGAUUCAAGAAUGUUCAUAGUGAAGAGCAACCUUUUGGAGGGAAAACAAUUGUGUUUGGUGGUGACUUUAGACAGAUACUCCCUGUUAUACCCAAAGGAAGCAGGCAGGAUAUUGUGAAUGCGACUAUCAAUUCAUCCUACAUUUGGAAUAGUUGCAACAUGUUGAAACUAACAAGAAAUAUGCGGCUACAAGCGGAUGAUGCUAAUGUACAUUCGUCUGAGUUAAAGGAUUUUGCAGAAUGGAUACUAAGCAUUGGCGAUGGUAAAUGCGGGGAGUCUAAAGAUGGAAUUGAUACAAUUCAAAUUCCCAAUGACAUUCUGAUAAAAGAAUGGGAGGAUCCUAUAGCUGCUAUAUGUAGAGCAAUUUAUCCCGAGAUGUUUUGGCCUUCAAAUUCUGUCUAUGAAGUCGAAGAUCGAGCUAUCCUUGCCCCAACAUUGCAAAUAGUAGAUGAGAUUAAUCGAUACAUGAUGAGUUUAAAUCCAUGUGAAUCACAAACAUACUAUAGUUCUGACAAAGCAUGUCCAACAGAGCCAUCUAAUGAGUUAAUCGCAUCAAUACACACUCCAGAAUUUCUAAACACAAUUAGGUGUUCGGGGAUUCCUAACCAUGAGUUGACAGUCAAGGUAGGAACACCUAUCAUGUUACUACGGAAUAUUGAUCACUCGGCUGGAUUAUGCAAUGGAACCCGAUUGGUGAUAACAAAGCUAGGAAAACACAUUAUUGAAGCUAAAAGCAUGACAGGAAAGAAUGCUGGUCAGAAAGUUUUUAUUCCAAGGAUGACCCUUAGUCCAUCUGACCAUAGAAUACCAUUCAAGUUUCAACGCAGACAGUUCCCUAUAAUGGUAUCCUAUGCCAUGACAAUUAAUAAGAGUCAAGGACAAUCCUUAUCAAAAGUUGGAUUGAUUUUAAAGAAGCCUGUUUUUACCCACGGACAAUUGUAUGUGGCUAUUUCGAGAGUUACAAAUAAAAAAGGUCUUAAGAUACUCUUAUGUCAUGAAGAAGAAAGGAGCAAUGAGACAGAUAAUGUUGUUUUCAAAGAAGUGUUUAGGAAUGUUUGACAAAGGCUAUAUGUCUGCCACAUUUUAUAUCA